AUGGAUCAAUCAAUCCAGCGGUUGCUCAAUGACAAGCUCUACGACAAGCGAAAGCAGGGAGCCUUGGAGUUAGAGAAAAUAGUUCGGGACGCCGUUUUCAAAGGAGAACACGCGAAGAUUCAAAAGAUCGUCGAACAGCUCUGCCACGACUAUGCAUACGCUGUACACCAACCCCACGCUCGAAACGGUGGUUUAAUUGGCCUCGCCGCUGCCUCGAUUGCCCUGGGAUCAGAAGGAGUCGCAACAUAUUUGAAGGAGAUUGUGCCUCCGGUCUUGGCGUGCUUCUCGGAUCAAGAUGCUCGAGUCCGGUACUAUGCUUGCGAGAGCAUGUACAACAUUGCCAAGGUGGCCAAGGGAGAGAUUCUACCUUUCUUCAAUGACAUUUUCGAUGCGUUGGCCAAGCUAGCGUCCGACUCGGAGCUUUCGGUGAAAAAUGGAGCGGAACUUCUCGACCGUUUGGUAAAGGACAUUGUCGCUGAAUCUGCAGCUUCGUAUGUGUCUGUGCUACAGCUUUCAGAGAAGGAAGAUCCAACCGAGUUCGAUGACGCGGAAUUGCCUACGGCCUUCUCCCUCGCGAGAUUCAUUCCUUUGCUCAAGGAUCGGAUUCAUGUGAUCGGGCCGUACACUCGCAAUUUCCUGGUCUCGUGGUUGACUUUGCUCGAUACCGUCCCCGACCUGGAACUGGUGUCCUAUCUGCCCGAGUUCUUGGAAGGGUUGAUAAAGUUCCUCGGUGGUCCCGAUAGGGACGUGAACGUUGCUACCCAGGCACUCUUGGAUCGAUUCCUUUCUGAGAUAAAGCGAAUCACUCGGCUAAAGAAAGGAAUUGAGGAGGGUCGAAAGGGACAGCAGAGCAGGAGACGUUCUGCCGCAAGCGAUACUGAGAGUUACAAAACCGAGCAGACGGGUGAGACCAAGGAUGAUAUAGCCGUCGAUGAUUCUGCAUCGGGGUCACUCUUUGAUGAGGACAUGAUCCAGACCGAUGGCGACUGGAUUCCGGGACAGGAUGUGCAGAUCGACUUUCCAAAAAUCUUGGAUAUUCUUGUCAGCUUCGUGGAUACCUCAUAUGAUGAGGAAAUGCAACUCACUGCACUCCGCUGGGUCGACGCCUUUUUUGAAUUCAGCCCCGAAGAUAUCCUUCCCUUUGUCCCACGACUCCUAACCCAGGUGCUGCCGGCAAUGUCUAGUGGUUCGGACUCGGUGCGACAAGCAGCAAACAGAGUCAACAAAUCUCUCCUCGAAUACAUCUACUCUCUUUCUGAUGAUACAACCGACGAAUCAGCCUGGAAUGCUUCCAAAGUCCCUUCUGCCGCACCCAGCAAGGAAAGCAUAGAAAGAAAGUCUUCAGAGAUUUCUAAAGAGGCCUCCAGGCCAGCAACACCGCGCGGUAGUAUUAUUUCGGCGCCUGUUCAGCCGGCCGAUCUCGAUUACGCCGCAGCUGUUAGUUCGCUUACCUUGCAGUUCCUUAAUGAGAAUGAAGCCACUCGGGUAGCUGCACUCUCGUGGCUUAUCAUGUUACAUCGUAAAGCUCCCCGCAAGGUGGUUGCUUUCAACGAUGGCACGUUCCCGGCUCUUUUGAAAACUCUCUCGGACCCUGCGGAAGCAGUUGUGACCAAGGACCUUCAGCUCCUGUCGCAGAUUUCGCGAAAUAGCGAAGACAACUACUUUACUUCGUUCAUGGUGAAUCUGUUACAGCUCUUUUCAACGGAUCGGCACUUGCUGGAGGUCCGUGGAAAUCUGAUUAUCAGACAGCUGUGUCUGAAUUUGAGUCCGGAACGCAUCUAUCGGACUCUUGCAGAUUGUCUCGAGAAGGAAGAAGACAUUGAGUUUGCAAGCAUCAUGGUGCAAAACCUGAAUAACAACCUUAUUACAGCACCCGAGCUGUCCGAUAUGAGAAAGCGCUUACGAAAUCCCAACUCAGCAGAGGGGCAAUUGUUUUUCGUCGCUCUUUUCCGGUCAUGGUGCCACAAUGCUGUUUCCACUUUCUCCUUGUGUCUCCUUGCUCAGGCUUAUGAACAAGCCUAUAAUCUUCUCCAGAUUUUCGCCGAGCUCGAAAUGACCGUCAACAUGCUCAUCCAGAUCGAUAAACUGGUGCAGCUACUCGAAUCUCCCGUAUUUACCUACCUCCGACUCCAGCUCCUCGAGCCAGAAAAAUAUCCCUACCUCUACAAGUGCCUAUACGGCGUCCUCAUGCUUCUCCCUCAAAGUUCAGCCUUCGCCGCACUCAAGAAUCGACUGAACAGCGUCAGCAACAUCGGAUUUCUCUACGGCGGGCCCCGCAGCACCGCCCAAACAGCGCCGUCGUACGACCGUCCCACCGGCACCCGCCUGAAACGCGAAGACGGCAACAUUCGCUGGGUUGAGCUCCUCGACAAAUUCAAGGCCGUUCAGGAACGUGCACGCCGGUCUCAAACUGCGCAGCGACAUUCGCUCGACCCCACAGAUACUCUCCAGAGCCCCUCCCUCACUGCCGCCCUCUCAGCUGCGACUACGGACAGGACCAGAGACCGAUCGGGUCUCCCCGACCCACCACGCGGUCCUGGCCCUAGUGUCGGACUCGGUGUACCAGGCUCUGCUUUGGGAGGGAAUGGAAACCGCGGGGCACUGGAUCCAAAAGUAGGAUCCUCGUCCCUAUUAGGGUCUUCACAAAAGCACAAAUCGAGUCUUCCGAAUUUGGGCCGGUUAGGCAUCGGAGGACGCAAGUCGAAGCGAUGA